GUCGUGCUUUCUGUCGGUCCUCGUGGUGCGAAGAUCUCACUUUUCUCAAUGCCUGGAUCGUUGUUUGCCGGAGAUCUCUUGGAUAUGUCGUGAUUCUCUUUUGCACAAGUGGUGAUUGAGUUUGCUCUACAUCUACUCACGCAUUGGUGCUGCCGUCGACGGCACUUCCAGCCGCCUACCGACUCCGAGCUGCGCUAUCAGUAUGACGAAAAAGCCGAGCUUCCUGAAGCGACAGGGAUCCACGGCAGCGGAGGAGGCGAUUUUGUGUGCCCACGAUGCGCUUGCGCAGGAAGAGGCGAAGCGGCGGCGGAGCUCCGUGUACUCUGAUUUCUCCGGUCCCGGCCGCAGAGGUGACGCAGGCCCGGUCCCGGAGGGAGAGGGGCGAUCUCCGGGGCGAGACACGAACGUGAGCGUCGCGGACUUUGGAAACGAAGAUGACGACCAGGACCACGACGAGAGCAUGUCCCGCUUGCUUUCCUCCGCGAUUCCGCUUUUUUUCAGCGGGAUCCAGUUUGUUUUCAUCAAGAUGACGGACACGGCGCUCGCGGGGCACGUGGACGCCAAAUUUCUGACCGUGACCGCGUUCUCCGACUUUUACACGCAGCUCUACAGCGUCGUCACCUCCUCCCGGGUGCUGGGGAGUCUGGCCGCCCCGGCGGUGGGCGCCAAGGACUACCAGCUGGUGGGUGCCUACCUGCAGACCGCGAUCGUGGUUUUGUUCGCGCUCGCCGUGCCCGUGGUUUUUCUCAAUUGCUGUGCGGGCCUGGUCCUGCACUACGGAUUGAAGGUGCCCUGGGACCUGGCGGCCCCCGCGGGGUACUACGCGGCGGUGUUGUCUCUCUGCCUCCCGGCGAGAAUCCUCAUGGCGCAGCUGAGCCAGUUCCUCGUGGCGCAGGAGUGCGCCGACAUCCCCUCCAGCGUCAGCUUUGUGCCCCCGGUGCUGAACUUUUUGUUCGGCAUGCAGUUCGUGUUGGGAAUACCGCUCACCGCCUACGGGUUCGGGUUUUUCGCCUGCCCUUGGGUGACGGUUUUCGUGGAGUACGUUGGAUUACUAGCGGUAUUCGCCGCGAUGUACGUGCGCAGCGACCCGACCACGCGCGACUUGUGGAAGUGCUGGCCGAAGGAGUCGGUGUUGCCGAAGUUUUUACAGUGCGGUGGGGGUGAAGUACUAGACGGUAAAAAUCUUCAAAACCAAGCGCCAACCAUGGCAAGUGCGACGGCAGACACGAACGACAAGAGCCGCGACGAGAGUACUAAAGAUAAUAAAUCGAGUUCUUACGUCGCGACUGCGAUUGUGCCGAAAAUCCGGCCCUUUCUCGAUCUGCACCUUCCGCAAGUCGCGGCGUUGUCGAGCGACUUUUGGCGGUUCUCGGCGAUUGGAUGGAUGUCCUCGUGGCCCUCGAUCAACGGCGCCGGCGUGUUUAACGCGGGUUACCGCAUCGCGUGGCUCAACAUGACGCUGACCUCGUCCCUCGCGACCGCCGGCAGCAUGGUGAUCGGGGCCAAGUUGGGGAGGGGCGACGGCGCGGGCGCGGAGCGCAUGUUUUGGAAGUGCCUGCAGCUGAUCCUCGCGAUUUUGGUCGUAUCCAGCAUAAUUUGGGUCGUCUUUGCCAAGCAAGUCGCGGUGAUUUUCGCGAAGGACCAGUCCUUCGUGGACGCGUUUGCGUCGGUCAGCGUCAGCUUCUCCUGCUUCGUCUUCACCAUGAACCUCUCCGUCGCGCUGGAGUCUUUUUUGAUCACGCUGAAGAAGAACGCGCUGGUGCUGAAAGCGACGCUGAUCGGCUCCUGGCUCGGGCAGGUGCCGGCAGUUUUUGUGCUGCUCGUGGGGUUCGGGGAGUCGCUCAGUCACGUGUACUGGGGCGUGAGCAUCGGGUAUUUCAUUCUCUGCGCCCUGUACUGGAACGCGCUGCGGAGCGUACUGUGGCACCAGGAGGCGGAGCUGGCACAGGAAUUCAUGAGGGUGUAGCUGACCGCAUGUCAUUGAUUCGUUGAACGACAAAACGCCUCUUGGAUCUCUUUACCAAUGUACCCACGAUGUAGUAUGAUCAGAUACUAUCUAUCCCCAUGCUCGUAGGAAUAUCCGCAAGGUAGUAU